CUGUAACCGUCAAUCCUCAUUCAUUCCAUGUUGGUAUUGGUGUUGUUGUUCAUGUUGGUGUCUCUCUUCUCUUCUCAUUCUUUUGUAGUCUUAUAUGCUUUCACUCUCUCAACUCUCAAGUGACACAACAAUUUUCUCUUCUCUUUUUCACCUUCUUUAUUUCCCAACCCUUUUACCCUUUUUCCAGACACUUUCCGCUCCACGCUUCCAAUGGCUUCAUGUAGCUUAGGUAGCCCAAAUAUUAAAGUAUUGAACUUGUACUUUAGUGGAAAAAAUGUUGGCCUUUCAAAACAAGUUGGUACAAGAAGCUGGAGAAGGCAGUCAUUGCAGUACACUGGUUUGGUUAUGUCACGACAGACAGAUAGGCUUUUAGCAUCAUCCAAUGAUCCAUCGUCAGAGAUCCAGAUUAUUAAAAGGUCGGAAGAAGGUUCUGAAGAGAUUAAAUCUUCAGAUUUGACAAGUCAGCUUAUUCCCAAUUUUAACGAGGUGGAAUUCCUAGUCACAAAAUUAUGUGACACAAGUUCAAUUGGGGAGUUAGAAUUAAAACUUGCUGGGUUUCACCUGCGUGUUGUGAGGGAUUUGACUAAAAAAAGUAAAACUCUACCUCCUCCUAUUCCUGCUUCUGUAAGUGUAAAUAAUGUCAUAGAAACGCCUAAAACAAACGGAUCAGUUUCUACAACUUCACUGGCCAUCUCAAAGCCUAUAAGCCCGGUAGAACCGAUAUCCUCUCCAGGAUCUAUCCAGAAAUUCCUUGAAAGAGCUGCUGAUGAAGGCUUGGUAAUAAUUCAGUCCCCAAAGGUGGGUUUCUUUAGGAGAUCACGAACAAUAAAGGGGAAGCGUGCUCCACCAUCAUGUAAAGAGAAACAAAGGGUUGAGGAAGGGCAAGUGAUUUGUUACAUUGAACAACUGGGUGGUCAGGUGCCAAUUGAGUCUGAUGUGUCAGGAGAGGUUAUCAAGAUACUGCGAAAGGAUGGAGAUCCUGUUGGAUAUGGUGACGCUCUUGUUGCAAUAUUGCCAUCAUUUCCAGGAAUAAAGAAGCUUCAAUAGGUUGAAAUUUUGAAAAAAGACAUUCUUGCAAACGAUGCUGUAAUUUACCAAUGCGAAUGCUUCAUUACUGUUUUACUUCCUGUGGUCCAUAGCUUGUUUAUUUUUACUGUUAGUUUUCCAUAGCAGAGACAAAGGUAAACUAAAACAACCUUGUUUUCUCAUACUUUUCUGUUUCUGUUAGUGGAUUUCUCAUCUUCUCGCUCA